AUGGUGGGAAUUGGGACGUCAGAUGUGAACCUGGACAAGUACCGCCACACCUUCUGCAGCCUGCUGGGCAAGGAUGAGGACAGCUGGGGACUUUCCUACACAGGAUUACUGCAUCACAAGGGAGAUAAAAUGAACUUCUCGUCGAGGUUUGGCCAAGGCUCCAUCAUCGGGGUGCAUUUGGACACAUGGCACGGGACGCUCACCUUCUUCAAAAACCGCAAGUGCAUCGGAGUUGCAGCCACCAAGCUGCAGAACAAGAAGUUUUACCCCAUGGUGUGCUCGACGGCAGCCAAGAGCAGCAUGAAGGUGAUCCGCUCCUGCGCUAGCUGCACGUCCCUGCAGUACCUCUGCUGCUUCCGCCUGCGCCAGCUCCUGCCCGACUACGUGGACACGCUGGAGGUGCUGCCGCUGCCGCCAGGACUCAAGCAGGUGCUUCACAACAAACUGGGGUGGGUCUUGAGCAUGAACUAUAGCACAUCGAAGCCUUCCUCCUCAUCGGGAAGCGACUCAGACAGCUCCUGCAGCUCGGAUGCAGAGGCCUGCCAAAGGAAGAGGUGCCGGAGGACGUAAUGUCUCUGCAGGCGAACUGCUGGGAUGGAGGCAGGUGGGGCUUUGUUUCAGGGCUGGCCAGGCCUGGUGCACCUUAUUCUUCAUGGGGACUUCCAUUUCUACUCGUUUGCAAAGAUUUCUCUUAAUGCUGUUGGAAAUCUUUAGCCUAAACACCCAUC